UAACCAAAUGGUGCAGCCGCCCGUGAGCCCCGCUGGUGCUACCCGGAAAUAUUACAAGGGCCGGAAAGGACCGAUGUUAAGGGAGCACACGUCACUCACUUUUACCCAAAAUUAUUAUCACCGACCAUCCAACAUUUUUUCAGUCGUCGAAAUCUGUAAUCGAAGGCUCCCUGUCGAAACAGACCGGUGGUAAUGAAGUGACCAUACGGCGGCUGAGGUAUCCUUCGGCGUUGAUUUCUUCUGGGAACCGUGAUUGGUGAUUUACAUUAAAAUGAGAGGCAGUCAAAUAUGCGAUAGAUUAUCUCCCUCAUCUACCAGGGGAGCUCACUCCCCACCAGGUUCAUCGCAUCGAUUAGAGGAAACGGUAAGAUAUAACGAGCUGUAGGAACAUCUUGGCUGAUCAAGGAUGAGGAACCUUUCUUAGAUGAAGGAUAAUGUCAACGCAGUUACUCUCAAAGGAAACAGGAAGUCAUUUCUUCUGCUUCUCAAUAAAAAAACAUUUUUAGUUUUUUUUUAAUUAGAUGGAACUCAUCUACUUGUCUUAAAGACACUUUUACCCUUUAGUCAUAAGCUCAUCUUCCCGGCCACCCUGCUCAUUUUGGAAAUAGAGAGUGGGCAGCGGAUAAUCAACAGGGAGCACCAGAAGUUAACUAUCUGGACGGACGAACUUGACAUUUAAGACAUUCAAGUAGUUCUGGAAAACAAAGUAGAAACCUCACGCCUAGGGUAAAGUUUAUCUUUCACCAGUCACUGGUGGGAUCAUUGUUUUCGCUCCUAGCGCUGGAGGUUUGGCGCCUGCACCCCCAUGUGCCAGUGAGUGGGAAAUGUUCCAAUUUGGAAAAUACAAUCUGGACAUUAUAGAGAUGUUAAGUGGGCACCAGGCCCACCAGUUUAAAGGCCUUGGUUUAGAUCGACAACUACAGCAUCAACAGCAAGUGCAACUUCACCAGCAUCAACUCCAGCAGCAGCAGCAACAACAGGCUGAAUCAUCUGGAGCUCUUCUGUCUGGACUUGGCUUGGGACCCCUGCAGGGGUCAAGAGGCUACCAUGAUGACCAUCGUUCUCAGGGGAAUCCAUCUCCAUGCUACUCUGGUGCCUCCCCCUGUGGAAGUGGGAUGGCGGGCCCUGCUCUGAGAAAGGCACCAUUGGCUCCAACACUGCAUCCACACUCACAGAGCCACAACCAGCACCACCAACAGCAGCAACAGCCCCACCUGCCCCUUUCUUCUCUACUGGAUGACUCGGAGGAUGAUGUCACUAGCUCUGUCAAUAAUGCAAUUUCCGCAAUAACGGCAGCUAGUAACAGCGGAAAUAGAGGGGAUGAUAGGGGAGACAUCAUAGGAGGUCUUCUAGGUGGUCUUGGUUUAGGUCCUCUUGGCUCACCUUCAUCAACAUCUGGUAUGGAUAAGAAUUUCAGAGGUGGUGGUAGCCAGGAUGCCAUGAGCAGCAACCAACAGAAUCUUACCGCCAAACCAAAACGUCCACGCAAACCAAGAGCUAAAAAAGAUCCUGCAGCUGGUGGUCAACCCCCCAAACGUAGGCAAUACACCCCAAGAAUGGGGCCCAGUGGCCUCCCACGCACUCACCUCUGCAGUGUUUGUGGCAAGGGUUUUGCACGUCGCGAGACCCUGCGCAGGCAUGACCGCAUCCAUACUGGAGAGAAGCCCCAUCACUGCACUGUUUGUGGAAAGUAUUUUAGAGAGGCUUUUCACCUCAGCAAGCAUCAAACAGUGCACUCUGGGGCAAAGAAUUACAAAUGCAGCAUCUGUGGGAAAGAGUUUGGUUACUCCCAGAGCCUCAGGAGGCACAGCAAACUCCACCAGAAGGGGGAGCUGGAAGAGGUGCCCACAACACCAGCUGCGGAGAACCUCAACAGCUUUAACCCAAACCCUCAAUGUAGCGUGGCCCAAGACAGGAGCCAGAACCAAGCACCAAGCACCUCCUCAUAUUACUCCUAUCAUCAAGACGUCAAACCUCAAGACACCAACCCCCAGACACAGCCUCCACCGCAUCAGCAGCCCCAACCUCCACCUCGACUCUACACAUGUGCUAUAUGUUGGAAGUCUUUCCGCCACCACUUCCAUUUGACUGCCCAUCACCAGACGGUUCAUGAAGGUGGGGGUGAAAAGCUGUUCUGCUGUGAGGUAUGUGGGAAAGCGUUUGCUUACGCUAACAGCCUCACCCGACAUAGGCAGUCACAGCAUGGUAUAACCCGCUCUGAAGCACCUAACUCACAAGAAGGCAGCAGUGGGUCUGUAGACAACAGAGGUGUAAGUGAUGUUAAUCAGUCAACAUCAGAGAGUGAGGCUGCCACCAAUACCCUGCUACAGAUGGCUCCUUCCUCUGAAGGCCAUGGAGGGCAGGGUCUUAGUGUCGUCACUCAUAGCCACCAACAGCCACCCCCGCAACCACCAGCUGGUUACUCUCCCCUCUUUUAUGAUGCUGCAGCCCAAUCCUCAGCCUCUAAUGCUCCAUCCUACUCACAGCCUCUGCCGCCAAACUCUACAAUCAUGGCCCCUCAGCACCCGCAUUCCCCAGCUGGGGUAAAAGGAGAGCACAUAUAUCCAGCUGGAUCCCGUAGCCGUACGCUCCACACCACAGCCCCGUUCCAGCCCCUCACCGAGCUGCCCUCCACUGAGCAUCAUCAUCUGCAUCAUCAUCAUCAUAUUUCCCACCACCAUCAUCUUCAUCAUCAGUCAGGUACCCAGUCCCAGCAAAACUUUGACUGCAGCGUCCAGUUGUCAGAUGAUGAAAUGAGACGACAAAAGAAGAAAAAAAAAAAGUCCGACAGGAGAGAUUGGAGGGAAAAUAAAUGCGAAUCCCAAGACUUAGUCAAAUUGGAUGAAAGCAAAAAGAAGAGAAAGAUAAGUUGUACAAUAAGAGGGAAGUCUAAUAAAAAACAAGGCUCUCUUCGUUUGACUAUUAGACGGGGCGAAGGAUCAGGUGGAGGUGGCUAUAAGCUUGUCAAUACCGGGGGAAUGAAGGUGCAGAUCCUCUCAUCUCUCAAAGUCCCAAUUAAACGUUUUGGCUGCCCUAUAUGCCCCAAUUCUGUGUUUUCCCGUAAAGCGGGAAUGCUAGUCCACAUGGCAGUUAAACACCCACAAAAAGCCUCGACCACUCAAGAGCGACUAAGGUGCCGUGUAUGUGGGAAGCAGUCUCACAGGCCUUUGGCAGCCUUUAUUCAUCGGGCCGUCCAUCGUGCCAAAGGGACUUUCUCUUGCCGACGCUGCUCCACUCGCUUCUGGAAUGCUACACUGCUCUACAGGCACAAGGUGUCCUGCCGCCGCAGGGCUAAAGGACUGCAACGAGGAGACGCCAACAGGCUGAAGCUAUCAAAAAGAGCAGGAGUGAGAGAGACCCGAGAGGGUCAGGAGGAGAUGCCAUACAUACAGGGACCAUACCGAUACUGAGCAUCCUGGUAACUGAAAAGAGGCAAACCAGAGAGAGAGAUUGCAGUGCUUAAAUGGGAUGGGGGUGAAAAAAAGGGACUUGAAAAGGUAAAUGUUGCCUUUUAGGAGUCAUCCUCGUGUCUCUGUUGACAUCUAUUCUGCUUACUAUUAGAAUGCGUGUGUUAACAACUACUGUAGAGCAUCCUAUAAAAUAUCACCAGAAAUUCUUCCAGGUUAUAUUGGAAGAGGUUUUCAAAGAUGUGACUGUUUCCAUAGGUUCAUUAACCCCUUAAGUGCAUUGACACUAUGCUUGGCUGACACUGUGCAGUAACUAGACAAGUUUAAGUGAAAUGACCUGCUAAUGUAUCUCUUUCCCCAUAACUAGACUCCCUGCUUCACCUCUUGCUGUAUGAUAAACGUCUCUGCUGUGUACUUUGUCUUGUUGUUGUUCACUUAGAGGAUUUUUUAAAAUGUAAAGUGCAUUUAUUAGGAGUAGGGACAUGAGGACAAAGACCUUUGUUGAUAGUUUGUCAGUGCAUGUUUGUUCUCUGGUCAAGUUUUUAGCUGAGGUUGUGAAAUCACUCCUACAGUAUGUGAUGGUUUAUUCAGUAUAUCCCAGGAGUUUGUAGUGUUAAACUUGAUUUGAAGGUUAAUCUAUAUUCCCUAGUGAUGGAAUCACAUAUAGUUAAAUUGUCAAAGUUGCUGGUAAUUAGCAUUUCAAGGAUCCCUCUCCUGCCAAAAUGAAGAAUCUUUCAAAAAGCCUUGCUUAGUAUGUUCACUUUACUUCUUUUAUUUGAGAUAUUCCUAGCUUUUAUACCAAGAGAUUGAAAACAGGUCAAACAAGUGGACUGUAACACAUGUUUAUCUCAUGUUAUUUGUAUGCUCUUUUUAGCAGUGAUUAUUUCUACUGUACUUCACGUGUGUUAAAAACAAGGACCUAUUAUAUUAGAAACAAAUGUAAUAUUCCAUGUAUUUAUGUGUGUAACCCAAUCAGUCUUCAUGCCAAUCUUAUACUUAACCCCUUUUACUUUUUGCUGAGUUGCAAUCAUAUUAUUACGGUCACACCUUGUUUUUUUUCCUGCAACAAAAUUACAUUUUAAGUUAAUCAUGUCACUUUAUUCACAUGAAAUGUUCAUACCCCUGUCAAGCCUUGCUUUUUUUUUCUUCUUAAGAAAAUAUAGUUUUAGUAGAUUUCUAUUACAUUAUUUACUGAUAAGUCAGUAGUUGAUUAUAUUUCAGCAAUGAAUAAACCUUAAGUGUAAUCA